CGUGGCAAGUGGUAUUGGAUGACAUGGCAGUAGGACCAUUUUCCACGAGUCAAUCAAUUGGCAGGUUUAGAUUCUUUCUCAGCCCAUGGUUUCUCUUAGGUUCAAACAGAAUAUCGUAAUUUUUGGAUCUUUCUGUUCCCUCAUAAUCAGUCCUUUUCUAUCUUUUUGGGUCUGAGCCAAUUCUUUAUCUCAAUCUUUUUUUCUUAUUAAUUUCUUACCCUGAAUACUCUACAGAUCUUCCAUUCUCCUUUUCUUUUUUAAAUUCCUUUGUUUUUUCAACCCUAUUACUUCACUGGAUUUGAAUCCAAUCAUUUCUUGCUUUUUCUCAAUUUUUUACAGGGAAUGUAUGGUUACUUUAUCAGAUUUAAUUUAACCGAGCUUUUCUUCAAAAUAUAAGCUUCUUUCUAUCAAAAAUCUUAUCUUGUUAGAGUUUUGAUUACUAGGUUGUUUUAAUUAACCCAGAUUGUGAAUAACUUUUCUGGGUAUCUUUAAAAACAAUAAAAAGGAUACAACUUUUCAUUGUUUUAAUCGAUUUUGAAACGUGGGUUUUCCUCAAAAAAAAAAAUGGUUACGGUUAAUCUGGGGAUGCUUCAUUACAUUCUAGACCAUGUAUAUGGUGCAUUUAUGCAUAGAACAAAGAUAAGUCCACCAUUUUUCUCAAGAGGGUGGGGCGGAACCAAGCUUGAGCUACUGGAGGGAUUGAUAAGCCAGCUAUUCAGUGAAGUUGAAGGCCAAAACUGGCCUCCAAGCUUGAUCCAACCCAUCUGGAGAACAGUUUGGGAGACUAAAAGUGCAUGCUUGAGAGAAGGUGUGUUUAGGACCCCUUGUGAUAAGCAGUUGCUUAGUGCAUUGCCUCCUGAAAGUCAUAAUGCAAGGGUUGCUUUCCUUGUCCCAAAAUUUGUGCCACCUCAAAAGAUGGCAUGUGUGGUUCACCUUGCAGGCACUGGAGACCAUACAUUUGAACGGAGAUUGCGUCUCGGUGGACCAUUAUUGAAGGAAAACAUCGCAACUAUGGUUCUUGAGAGCCCUUUCUAUGGUCAAAGGCGUCCUAUGCUGCAGCGUGGUGCAAAACUCUUGUGUGUUAGUGACUUGCUUCUAUUAGGGAGAGCAACCAUUGAAGAGGCACGCAGCCUUUUAUACUGGUUAGACUCUGAGGCAGGUUUCGGCAAGAUGGGUGUGUGUGGACUUAGCAUGGGGGGAGUGCAUGCUGCAAUGGUUGGAUCACUGCACCCCGCACCUGUUGCAACUCUUCCUUUUCUCUCCCCACAUUCUGCUGUUGUGGCAUUCUGUGAGGGUAUAUUGAAGCAUGGCACUGCGUGGGAGGCACUGAGAGAGGAUCUUGCAGCAAAAAAGGCUGCAAUGACUCUCGAGGAGGUGAGAGAACGAAUGCGAAAUGUACUGUCUCUCACAGAUGUCACACGCUUUCCAAUUCCCAAAAACCCUAAUGCAAUAAUAUUUGUUGCUGCAACUGAUGACGGUUACAUACCAAAGCACUCUGUGCUGGAGCUUCAAAAGGCUUGGCCUGGUUCAGAGGUGAGAUGGGUUACUGGCGGGCAUGUCUCAUCCUUUCUUCUUCAUAAUGGUGAGUUUCGGAAGGCAAUUGUUGAUGGGCUUAACAGAUUAGAGUGGAAGGAAUCUUCCUUGUGACGGUGCAUCAGUCAUUCCCUGUAAAGAAAUGACUGCAUUUGUUUUCUUUCAUCAAACGAAUUGUAAAAUGGAUUAUAGCAACUGAUAUUUGACAGCACUCCUUAAAGGAAAAGAGAAGGGCAAGUGCUUUGUGAAUAAUUUAUUUCAGAAAUUUGAGGGG